UGGUGGCACCUGGCUCGACCUGCCAUCUCGGGGGGCGUUCUUCCUUGGGAAGCAGGGCCUAUACUUGCGCCCGACACAUGGCAGUGAGCGUUGUGGAAGGCGAGGCUGGUCGGAGGGACGGCGACGUGUGUAUAGGGGAUGUGCUGGCUAAACUGUUGAUUUUGAUUAGCGGCGCGAUGGACUCGGCGGGGUUAACACAACACGAUAACGAAGGGGAGAUGCAACAUGGAGCGGAAGAAUGGCUGAUCAUCUUGGAGAGAGGAUGCAGGCGCCUACAGGAGCUUGUUGAGGAAUUGUCUGAGCGGUCAAAUGAAGAGCCAGGGACCGAAGUGGGGGCCAUCUCACUGGCGGGCUGGUUGAACGACACGACCAAAGACAUCAUGCAGGGUAUGUGGGAGCUGGAGGAGGGGCUGGAUCCCCAGCUCGACGCAUUCAUCGAUUGGCGGCGGGCGGAUAGCAUGAUGAAUACCUGUACGGCUCUUUUUGCAAAGGGUCGUGACCUGCGCUUUCUGCUGGAAGACGGGCUUGCAUCCAUUGAGAUAAUAAUACCAACAACUGUUUCUACAACGCUGCUUUCUACAUCAGAAGCAGCGGCAACGUCAACAACGGCGAUAUCACCGACAACAUCAUGCGAUCAACUGGAGGAGCGGCGGAGAUGUGCCGAGAGGGAUCCGAUGGGCAACAACGACGACAAGGACGACGACGUGGAGGGAAGUUUCGAGGACAACAACGACACUAACAACAACAGCGACGACGACAACAACAACAACAGUGACAACAACAACAAUGACAACAGCAACAACAACAACAACAACAACAACAACAACAACGAUGGUAACAACAAUGACGAUAGUGACGACAACAACAACAACGACAACAUCAUCAACAACAACAACAACAACAACAACAACAAUCAGUUCCAGAUUACCAAACGCACUGUUCAUGGUCUCAAAGGGAUUGACAACAACAACGGUGCUGUUGGGAGCAGUGGCGAUGCUGAUAAUAACAGCACUAAUAAUAUUGAUGAUAACGAUAACGACGGCUAGGGCUGGGAACCCGGGUGUAAUUUCCCAGAGGCUCCAAGCAUGGUGCAUUGAAGCUAUAUUGCGUUAGCUCAUUGCAUAAUCAUUGCGUCCAAGUGCGCAAUCUGAUGAUUCUGAAAAUUGCAAAUUAAUCGCUCCCUCCAGAUAUAGAGUCUGCAACCUGCUGAUAGAAAAUCAGGAGUACUACCACAAGGCAAAAAAAAGUUUAACAAACCUGCAACCUGUUG